CAAAAAGAAAACAAAUCUCCUAACUUUAGAUAUUUCAAAAUCUGUUUUUAUUUGUUUCCUGUUUUUGUGUUCUCUUCUGCUUGAUGGUAGGAUCUCAAGUUAACAAGAGAGGACUGUUACAUUCCCCAAAACCUGAUCUCUGUCAGAAAGUAUCAAGCUUUGAGCUUGAUGAUCUCCAGUUCACUGUGGUCUUCCAAGAUUUGAGUGGUUUGAUCUUUUGUUUUUAAGGUAGAGGAUGGAGCAGUUCAAAGAGAGGAAGUUUGUGUGUAAGUUCUGUAGCAAGAGGUUCGCUUGUGGCAAAUCACUGGGAGGUCACAUCAGAACUCACAUGAACAAAGAGAACUCAGCUGAUUCAGAUGAGGAUGAGCACAACAAGCUCAGGAUCGACGAAAAUGGAGGUCAAGCUAGCUACGGUCUGAGAGAGAAUCCUAAAAAGAACAAGAAGUUUGUGGUUCACAGAGACAUGAUAGCUCUGAAACAUCAGCAUCAACAACAGCUUCUUUAUUGCAGAGAAUGUGGUAAAGGUUUCACUUCUUCGAAAGCUCUUUGUGGUCACAUGGCUUGUCACUCUGAGAGAGAGAAGAUUCUGAUGGAUGGUCAAUCUGAUACUGAAGCUUCUUCCUCUCCUAUCAGGAGAAGAUCAAAGAGAGCUGUGAAACAUCAUCAUAACCACAAGGCUGAUGCUUUUGUUGAUGGUGAUAGCAUCAUGGAUCAAUCUGAUUCAUCAGCAUCUGAGAUUGAACCGGAGCAAGAGGAAACAGCAUUGUCUUUGAUGAUGCUGUCUAGAGACUCAAGUUUCAAGAAAGUACGUAACUUGGUUGUGAACUCUCUGGCGGAGUCAUCAGACAACAACUCUGUGAUUCUUGAGACUAAGUCAUCUUCAGGGGAACAGCUCAAGAUCUUACAUGUGAAGAAUGUUGAGGAGUUUUGUAAGAAAGACAAACUUGGUGGAGUGGAUAAUGGUGAUGUUCUGUAUGAUUCAGACAAUUCUGAUUCUGGUUACUUCAGGAACGGACCAAAGAAGUUGGACUCAGAUGUUUCUGUUGAUGGGUUCCUCAAGAACAAUGCAUCUAGUAACAAGUCUGCAAUGGGAUUCAACAGCUACACACCAAAAAAGGAAAAGAGCUUGAACAGAUUCAGGAACGAAUGGUCAGGUUCAGGAUCAGGUCGUUCUUCUACAAAGUAUGAUCUGAGGCAAAGCAAAAGAGGGUUUCCUUGUUACGGUAGAAAGAAAAUCAAGUACGAGUUCACUGAAUCUGUGUAUGACAGUGGUGAUCAGCUUAGCUUGGAGACUGAUUCUUGUGCGGACACAAACAGAAGUAUCAAGAAGAUUCAUAAUAGCAAACCCCCAAUGGUUAAGAAAGUAAGUGGUGGGGCAAAGAAGAAAAGCAAAGGUCACGAGUGUCCAAUUUGCUUCAGGGUGUUUAAAUCGGGACAAGCUUUAGGUGGUCACAAGAGAUCACAUUUCAUUGGGAGUCAAGAUCACAGGACUUUGGUGAUUCAACACCACCACCAAGUAGCUCAUGAUAUGCAUACACUCAUCGAUCUCAAUCUUCCUGCUCCUAUUGAUGAGUGAAUGAAUCAGUGAUCAAUUUUUUUGUUCUGAUUAUUAUUAUUGUUUCCUCUCUGUUUUCAUUUCUUUGCUUCAGAUUCAAGAAUGCUUUUGGUUCA